AUGGUUGUGGGGGACACAGAUGGUGCACAGGCAAGGAGCAAAGGGUUGGCGAUGAUACCAGCGGCCCCAGGAGGAAAAGGGGAUCAGGACCGGGUUGCCCCACGAGCGCACAGACCCAUCCACAGGAAAUGGAAGGGUUCGUUUCAGACCUUUGGAAAGGAUGUGUGCAUCACUGGUCAGUCGGUGUACCCUGGCCUCUGCACUGUCCCCCAGGAGUAUGUGUGUUGCCAAUGCUAUGCCAAGUUUGGGGGCCACCUGCCUGUGCCCCGGGCUGAUGCACUGCUGCCCUACUGGGUGCCUCUGUCCCUGAGACCACGAAAGCAGGUCUCGAAGAUGAUGCGGUGUUACGUCCCCAGAGCCAUGAGGUCGUGCCGGUGCUCCUGUCACUGCUUUGGGGGCCGCCUUCCAAUGCCCAGGGACAGGGCCGUCAUGCCCUAUUGGGUGCCCCAGGGGCUGAGGUCACAGAAGAAGGUGGUGAAGAGGCUGGAGAAUGUGAAAGACACUCCAGAUUGCCCCCAGGACUCAAGCAGAUGGUACGGCUGUUGGCGGGUCUGCGGGGACCAGCAUCUCCUCUUCAAGUGGCAGCGGCUCCAGGCCCUUUAUCAAGACGAGCUGCCAGGUCUUCAGGAGGGCGAGCCGCAUGUUGGCCGCUUAGGUCUCCUCCUUCCCAUCAGCUUCAAUCUCCUGACGCUGCUGCAGGCGGUCCUGAGGGCCAUCAUGGCUAUCCGUCAUUUGUUCUGGGACUGA